UCACGUACAGCAUACAAGAAAAUGGCUGCUGUAGGACUACUUUGUCUCUGCCUUCUGGCAUCCUUGGUUGGCAGCUAUCCUUUGACGGACGAGAGUUCAAAAUUUAAAGGCCCCAUAUUCACACCAGUCAGUAUUGGGAUACCAACAGCAGAGGAAGUCAGUAUUGGGAUACCAACAGCAGAAGAAGUCAGUAUUGGAAUACCAACAGCAGAAUAUAUGAAGGAGCAUGAGGCAGACACAAAGAUUGGCACAAUUGCUCCUCGUUCUUUAAAAUCACUUUUUGGACUUGGAAUUGGUGGAAAUAUAUUGGGAAUCAAUGCAGGUGCAGGCAUCAGUCAUGGACGCGGAGGCUGGGGAGAAGUGGGCAUGCAUUCUGGACAUCCAGGAUAUGUCCCCUAUUACGAGGAACCAAAUCAGUACUACUACUAGUUCUGCCGUCAUUAUGAUAAUCAACAUAUUACUUCUUAUAAUUAAAUGAAUGGAGUUGAGUAAAGUACCGCUAUUCACAAAUAAUAUUAAAUAAAAAUAAAUCCACUAAUAAA